CUUCAUCACUCCACGUCCGUACAUCUCCUCGCUCCUUGUGUGCUGCACGUUGUUGUCAAGACAGGAAACGUUGGGAAAUUCAUUCUCUCUCAGGCUGGAUUCACUCAUUUUCACCAAUGGAUGGAGUUUAUACCCCAGAGCGCACAGGGACUUCUUGAAAACUCCUCACACUGUGCUGGGAGCUCCUCCGAGGGUCUGUAGGGGGAUGGAGGAUGGAGGAGGGGGAACGGAGAGCCCCCGGCUUCAGGACAGCUCCAGCCCGGAGGAGAGAGGGGAGAAAGGGGAAAGUCCAACCUCCAGCGGCCCCCUGCAGUUCAAGAUGAGCCGCGCGGAGGUGAACGGCAGCCCGGCGAACCCACAAAACCCACAGAAUGGCUCACCGCUGAGACCACUCGGAGGUCUGAUGAUCCCAGUCUUCUGCGUGGUGGAGCACGCAGACGCCGCCGGCGACUGCCAGGGCCGCAGCGACCGGCACGCCGAGUUCGUGCUGGUCCGGAAGGAUGUCCUCUUCACGCAGCUGGUGGAGACGGCUCUGGUCGCCCUCGGCUACGCACACAGCUCAGCUGUACAGGCACGUGGAAUCAUAAAAGUGGGACGGUGGAAGCCGAUGCCCAUCCACUACCUGACGGAUGCUCCGGAGGCCACGGUGGCCGACAUGCUGCUGGACGUGUACCACAUGGUCACGCUGCAGAUCCUCCUGCACAGCUUUGCUCGCCUGGAGGAGCUGCCGUCGGAGCAGUGGACCCACGCCACGGUGAGAAGCGCCCUCAAGGAGCUGCUCAGGGACACCAACCAGAGCGCUUUGGCAAAGGAGUGUCCUCUCUCGCAGAGCAUGAUCUCGGCGAUAGUGAACAGUUCCUACUACGCCAACGUCUCCACCUCAAAGUGCCAGGAGUUUGGACGCUGGUACAAGAGGUUCAAACGCUUCAAAGGUGAAUACGUGGAGAAGAUGUGGUCAUCACAGGCCAAAUCAGAUAUAAAAGUGGAGCGGGACGUGGACUUGAGCAUCCUCAACCAUCGCCCUGCGUCUCUCCUGCCCUCCCCCGGCCUCCUGGGCACCCUGGGCGGUGCUGGAGGCCUCCCCAUCAAGAGCAGCCUGGGGGACACCCCGACCCCCACACAGCCUCACACUCUGCCUCACCAGAACCAGAACCGCCCCAGUCCUCCUCUGCAUCCACAGGGCCACCCGCUCAUGGGCCACGCCGGCCUGCUGUCCCCCCAGCUCUCCCCUCAGCUGGUCCGCCAGCAGCUCGCCAUGGCCCACCUCAUCAACCAGCAGCUGGCCGUCAGCCGCCUGCUCGCCCACCAGCACCCGCAGGGAGUCAACCAGCAGUUCCUCAACCACCCUCCCAUCUCACGGACCUGUAAGCUCUCGGGGCCGGCCGGCGAGCCCAACAUCAGCUGCUCGGGCGCUGAAGUCUCCUCCGACAUUUACCAGCAGGUCAGGAACGAAUUAAAAAGGGCCAGCGUCUCACAGGCUGUGUUCGCCCGCGUGGCUUUCAACCGCACUCAGGGAUUGCUGUCGGAGAUCCUUCGUAAGGAGGAGGAUCCUCGCUCGGCCUCCCAGUCGCUGCUGGUCAACCUGAAGGCCAUGCAGAACUUCCUCAUCCUGCCGGAGGCCGAGCGAGACCGCAUCUACCAGGAGGAGAGAGAGCGGAGUACGAGCACCAACCACAACCACGCCCCCAACCACAUCCCCAGCAGCAACACACUCAGACUCACACAGCCGACAAAGUGCAGCGUAUCUGGCCCGGAGCUGCACCUGAAGCUGGAUUCGCUGGCGAACAUCACGUCAGGAAUCUACGAGGAGAUCCAACAGGAGAUGAAGCGGGCCAAGGUCUCCCAGGCGCUCUUCGCUAAGGUGGCUGCUAAUAAGAGUCAGGGCUGGCUGUGUGAGCUGCUCAGGUGGAAAGAGAGUCCGAGCCCUGAAAACCGCACGCUGUGGGAGAACCUGUGCACCAUCCGGAGGUUCCUGGGCCUGGCCCAGGCCGAGCGCGACCACGUCUACGAGGAGGAGUCCCGGCAGCAGCACAACGAACGGCUCCACACCAUCCUGCACAUCCCAGAGCAGCAGACCCUGCACAGACAGCCCCUCCCUCUCCUGACGACCCCAUCCCCGGUGCACGAGGACCCGCAGCCCGUCCCCCAGGAGCUGGUGCGGCAGGGCUCGGAGGACGGACCCCACCCCGGCCUCAGCCCCGGCCUCGGAGGCGGGGGGACCAAAAAGGCCAGAUCCCGGACGAGGAUUUCCCUGGAGGCCUUGGGAAUCCUGCAGAGCUUCAUCGGGGACGUGGGACUCUACCCGGACCAGGAGGCCAUCCACACCCUGUCGGCCCAGCUGGACCUGCCCAAGCACACCAUCGUCAAGUUCUUCCAGAACCAGCGCUACAACGUCAAGCACCACAGCCAGGCCAGAGAAGCCGCCCCCGAGGACGACGACCGGGAGAGCCUGAGUCCCAGCGAGGGAGGCGGCUGCACCGGCGAGGCCAGGAGGGACGAG